CCGUUAUGGGCAAGCAGUGCGGCCCGUGCGUUCGCCGGGAGUGGUACAUUCGCUUCUCGUUUCACUACAUCGCGCCGACCAUCUGACAGGCUGAAAAAAAAUUACGUAAAUAUUACGACACUCACGCAUUGAUUAUGAAACGUCUGUAUCUGUAAUCGUGAAACAGCACUGUUCCUCAUUCACGAAAUCUGAAAAUUUCAGAAUUCAGUGAGCAUGGUGUGUCCGCGUCUUGUUUGAAUUGUGCUAUCCUGUUUGACCCUGGUGAUUUUAUUUUAUUAUAUUGUUUUUUGCCCCGUACUGUGGUGUUCGCUGAAUUGUCCGUCUCUGUGUUUCUAUUGUGAUUUAUUUCUAAUUGGAUUGUCACAUAAUUUACUGAUGUGACAGUGCUGCCAACAUGGUAUAGACUUAAUCAAUGUCUGUGCCAAUUUCUCUAGUGCCAAAAAUGGCCUUCUCCACAACCCGGGGAACAAUCGAUGAACUUUUAUAAGUCUUUAUAGAGAACGAUGGUAUCAAUGAUCCGGUGAAAAUUAAUUAAACAAAAUGGGCCGGCGACGUUGGAGAUUCUUUACAAUCACGGCGUUCCUGCUUUUUAUAAUAAAAGAUACACAAUGUCAAGAUGAAAAUGACUUCUACUAUACACCGGUGGAAAGAAGUUUUGCUCAAGUUCAACCGCCUUUAUUUCCAAAUAGUCGUCCAUCGACAUUCUUUGAACAUGGGGAUAAUUAUAGAACGCAGCCCGCACAACAACCUCUUUACAAUGAAGGACAUGUUAGGUUUCCAAGCCCUAAUUACAACCAAAAUCCAUCACCAUUUCAAUUGCCUACGGGUAGAAGUCAAUCAGGUACACAAUACUAUGUAAACCAACCAGAAUUCAGUGGUCCUCCACCACCACAACGACAAAGGUUCAGGCCAGCUCUUCCUUAUAAUUUUCAAAUGAUUCACCCAGCUUCAACUAAGAGGCCUGAUGUAUCACAAAUACAUUCUGUUGCGUAUCAAAAUGAUCCAUCGAAACCCGAAACCUUUUUAGGUCAAAUCACAAUUAACAAUCCUGAUAUUGACUAUUUGCGAAAUAGUAGAUUCAAAAAUAUACCUUUUGAUAAUAAUAGUUUAAAAAGCAAUGGACAAAGUGGCCACAUUUCACAUGACGAAGAUAUUGACAAUGAAAAUCAAGAUCUUUUUGAGCAUCAUAGAGUUACUACUUAUAACCCCGGUAGACUUCCAAGCAAGUCAAGACUGAAUACAAAACCUAAGAUUUCUUCAUUCCAUCAUUAUGAUUCGGUUACAUUAGAUGACAAAACUAAUUUACAUACUACUCAAAAUAAGCCAUUUACAAGAAAUAAUGCAGAAUCAAUAAAACCUGAUAGUAAAUUAUAUCACAGUUCUUCAACCGAAUACAAAGCUCUAUUAGAUUUGGAACCUUUACUUGAGGAUGAUAUUAGUGAUAUUAGCUCUUUCAGGGAAUUAAUGAAAAAUAAACAGGGCUCAUUUGAUGUUGAAGUUAUAAAAUCUAAUCAUAGUUAUAGUGAAAUAGAAGCAGCUGCAGAUAAUAAGCCAGAUGCUAGUUCUAUGAAUUCAGAUAAUAUUUCCAAAGACAUGCCACCACAUGUUAAAUUGAGUGGAACAACAUCACUGCCUGUUAGCAAAACAUCAACAACUGUAAAACCUACCGAAAAUGAUAAUGUAAACGAUGAUUUAGAAAGUCACGAAGUCGAAGAAGGUGAAGAAUAUGAAUAUUACGAAGAUUCAGAAGAUUCCGAAGUUAAACAUACUACUCAACAUCCUCAGACUACUGUACAUACAUCUGACAUUUAUGAUGAAUAUGAUUCAACUGAAGAGCCUGAUAAACCCGACAGUGAAGUUAAAUCAAAUGUUACAGAACCAUUUGAUAUAUUAAUAACAAAACCAGUUAAUACAAUGGUUAAAGACGAUAAUUUUAAGCAAUUUGUCGAUACGCCGUUAAUUGAUCAAAUGGAAAAAAUAUCUAAUAAAACUAAUUUUAGUAAUGUACCUAUAUCUGGUGAAGAUAUCAGUUCUGUAGAACAACCCUCUAUUUUAGGACAAGAAGUGGUAUCUGUAGUAACCACAAAAAGUGUUGUUAAUGGGACAAUAUCUAUACCUGAUAUUACUUUUGCACCUACUACUACAAAAAUAAAUGUAACACCAGAACCCAUUACUUCACAAAACAAACAAAGUAAAGAUUUUACAAGCACCACAGAAAAUGUAAUCGUAGUAGCGUCUGUUCAGACGAGUAGAAGUGUAUCUGGUGCCCGAUUUUUACCUUUUCCCGCAGUAGGUCAAGAAGGAAAAAAACAAGUUUUAACCAAUGACCAGUUAGAUGAAGAAGAAGAAUUAGUAACUAAAGACCCAAUGUCCGAUUUAAGUGAUCUUGUAAGUAGUUCAUCUACAGAAAAUAUUAAUGACAAAUUGGAUAGUAUUCAAUCUGAACUAUCUAGUGCUGUUUUAUCUGGAUCAUUGGAUAAUGAUAACAAAAAUAUAGAAUUAAUAACUGAAUCAUCAACAGAAUUAACAACUAGUACAACAACGACUACCACAACAACUACAACUCCGUCUUCUUUAAAUGUUUUUACUCUUAAAAGUACUCAAUCUACAUUAUCCACAGACAGAUCAUCUCCAGAUCCAUUACCCGUAAUGAUAAAGAAAUUCACUCCUCGAAUUACAACAUCGACAACUCCCAAACCAAAAAAGAAAUUAGUUACAGUAAUGGACGAUUUGGCUGGAUUAUUGCCUCCUGGAUAUAAGUCUCGAAUGUCAUAUAAAGAUAAACGUACUAGUACAACGACUACAACUACCAUUCCCACAUCAACAAUAGCUACUACUAGUAUACCAAUUUCAUCAACUGAAGAUAUAAUAAAUGGCACACAAGGACGCUCUUCAGGUAUUAAUACCAAGAAUAGGGUAAUAGUUUUAGAUGGAAAAUCUUUACUUCCUAAAGAAUAUAGGCCAAAAGAACACAAAACACAGGAAGACUUAUUAGUAAAACUACAAAAAGACGAUCUUAGUAAAUUCUUACCGCCUGGUUAUAAACCACCUCAUUCUGAUACCAGAGAAUCGAAAGAUGUAACAAAACCGGACAUUAUAGAUAAGGCUCAAAAAAUUGAUAUUUCAGCAUUUUUACCAAAAGGAUAUAACUUGAAUUCUACUGCAACAACUACAACAGAAAAAUCUAUAGACAAACCUAAAUUACCAGCUAAUGCUGUUCCAGUAGAUAUAUCUGCCUUUUUACCACCUGGAUUCAAAUUAAAUACAAGUGAAAAAGGAAAUGAUGAGCUGACAAAGUUCAAAGUUGCUGAUGUGUCAAGCUUACUGCCCCCUGGCUUCAAAAUUAACUCUUCAGAAGAAGUUAUUUCGCCAAGCUCUACUACGAAAGCUCCUGGUGGUAUAAAAUUAGUCUUCCCUUCAAGGCCGGGUAGCAAAACUAGUAGAAAAACUACACCAAAACCUAGCGGUGGAUUAGGUCCAAGUCCUGUCACGCCUAAAAUUCAGAAAGGUUGGCCAACAAGAGCAUCGACUGAAUUUACUGGUUGGCCAUCGCCAUCUACGACACCCUUUUCUAUAGAGAAGCUUCUUGAGGCACAAAGGAACGCCACUGCUACUAGCCCAAUGCCCGAUUAUUCAACCGAACCAACGACACGACGUGUUACGACUACAACUACAACUACACCUAAGCCACCACCAUCAACUACUCCUGGAGUAUGUCGAAAGGAGUGUGAUAUUGCAGCUACUAUAAAAAUUGUUGCGGGAGUUAAAUGGUUACCAGAAUUAUUAGAUCGCCAUACGGAAGAGUGGCAAAGAUUAGCAAACGAUGUAAAAGACGAACUCAAUUCUGUAUAUUCAAAAUCAGAUUAUUUGAAGAAAUGGUAUAAAAAUAUUCGAAUAGAUGGAUUUAGUCCAGGCUCAGUGCUUGUUGACUAUUUCAUUGAACUCAAUGAUGUCGAUGAAAGAGUAGACACUUUAGAUCUAAAGAAAAUGUUCCAUAAAUCUCUUCAUGAAGCCAAACCAGGUUCUGUAGUUGAAGAGGUUACUGAUGAACCAAAAGAAGAGUUCGAUUCUGAUAUGAUGUUGGGAGAUCAACCUGAUGAAGAAAGAAUGAGAAAAAGUAAUGAGAAGAUGACAAAAACAAUUGACAAAUCUGUUGGAAAAUUGGAAAUUGGAAAGUUUGUUAUGGAUCCUGCGUAUACGGAAUUUAUUGUAUUACCGAAACGCGAGGAACCAACGCCAGUUCAACCUGAGGAAGAAUCAUUUCUACCACAAUGGGGUAUCGCUGUUAUUGUUAUAGCGUUGGCUUCACUCCUUUUCGUCGUCAUUUUUGGUGUCACCGUGUUGGUGAAUCGACAAAAAAGUGCCAAAGCCAAAGCACCGAUCCCUCUCAGCGAGGAUAUGCUUCGUGAGCUGGAUAAAAGUCAUAUGGGAGGUUUUGAUGAUAUGCAUCAGUUAAAGGAAAGGGAACUACCAUACCUCCCGUCAGGAAAGCGUAUGUCGACUGCUUUCAUCGAACAGUUAGCGUAUCCCAACCCGGGUGACUCUUGGCGGUCGGAGUGGACGCCACAGCUGCAGAAAUACAUGCAGCACUACACUCCAGACUCAGGACGUGGCUCACAAAUAUAUGGGCCGGUCGGGAAUGGAUACGGAUAUGGCGGCGGGGGAUCACAGCUGUACGGGCAGACCGGCGGUGGGUCCCAGGUGUACGGGUAUACGGGCGAAUACCCGCGCUCGCACUACGGCCGACGGCGUUCCGACUACGACAGCAAUUUCUAGAAUUCUCUAGCGAAUCCUAAAUCUUCUGAGACUUAACAUACUCUUGACAAUAUCCUCUAUCUAACCUCAACUAUCACCCUCAUAGUACAGCUUGUAUAAUUCAUUAAAUAUCGAACAUCAGUAACAGGUUGUGAAAUGUUUUAUCGUCAUCACAAUAUUAGAAAUUUCAGAAUUUAUAUACAUUUUUUAAUAUAUAGCUGCUUUUAGUCCGGCCUAUUAAGGACCAUACAGUGCCAACAGUGGUGCCAACCAAAAGGUUUAAUUUGCGUUUGAAAUGUACAUUGAAUGUUGCGAUCACAUUUCUUGUAAUUAAAUAGGUAGUUUUAAAAUAAAAUUAUCUGCCAAAAUAUUAACUAUACGACUGAUUGUGAGAUGUAAAUAUUGUAGAAUAAGAACUCACUAAUACAUAAUAUUAUAUAAUACAUUGUAAGUCGAGAUUAGUAGAUGGAGUCACGAGACUUCGUUACAUUUGUGACAAUUCUUUAAGCAGACAUUAUUUAUUGAGUAAAUUUCAUGAAAUAAAAUAUCAUUGUUAAUGUGUUAAGAGUAUUUAAUUGUUUAACUUUCGACAUUAUUUAUUAUUACAUUAAUAUAACUAUGUAAAAAUGAUAAAAAUGGAACAUUAACAAUAGACUAUCAAACAUAAUUCAUAAAAGUGUCUAAUCUCUCAUAAACUUAUUUUAGCCAUUGAACCGUUUUGCUCUUUUGAGUUAAAUUCCCAAUUUGAAAGAAAGUGACAAAGCAAUGUAAUAGUUGAAAUAUAUUUGUAGGUUUUAGUUUUUAUGAAUAAGAGGUUUAGUCUAUCAGAUAUUGGAAUUUAUAAAACUAUGGAAGUAUAUCAUAAACAUAUUGCAGCCUUUAUGCUUAACAAUAAAUUCGUUAUAUAUUAAACAAAAAUAUACAAUGGUAUUAUAAAGUAUUGUCGCAUGUGUAAGAAUAUCUCUAGCUGACGUAUUUCUGUAGAUAUCUCUCUGCAUACCUAUAUUUGCUCAGAACCUGUAGUAGGGCGUCUGUGGGCCGCGUGUGUGCGUGUAACGCCUCUUGUGCCAAAUGUUCGUUCGUCCCUGUGUGUGUAAAUAUAAUAUAAAGUAUAGAUGCACUAAUAUUGAGAGAUGCACUGCAUCUGCCAAUAUUAGCUUUCAGUAUUACUAUUCGCUAACGUUAUGUGCCCAAAUUUAUAUGAUGAUAUCAGAUAUAAUAUUCUGACUUCUGGAUUAAAUACUUUAAGGAAUUAAAAGUUUUAGGAAGUUAAUGGAAUGUAGGUAAUAAAAAAAAAUAUUUUAAUAGACAAAAAUGGAAUGGCGCCCUGAUAUCAAUGAAGAAUGAUAGGUGAUGAUGAAGUCAGAUCGGUUGGCCUAUCGUAAUGGAUUCAGUAGAAUCAAUCUUGAUGGUUCUCAGGGAAGACCUCGUGAAAGUCGCCCUGACAGAGUCAAACAUCAUAUUGGUAGCAAUGGGGUUACUAGCCCCUAUUAUUAAGAAAAAAGAAAGAAAGAAAUUGUUACUGAGCGAAACAUAAUUAAGAAAGUAAAAUUGACGGUACAGUUAAGUUUGUUGGGCAAACGAAUUUAUUCUAAUUGUGAUUAGAGAAUAGUAAUGCAGAUAAUUUAGUUGUGUUAGCUAUAGCCAACGUCUGUGGACUGGUUGCUGGAUGGUUUGUUUAUAAAUGCUCUGUCUACAGGAAAUGUGUAUGUGAUUAGUGUAUUAUCUUUCAAGUCGAAUACGUAACACGUUUAAGUGAAAUACAUUCAUGUUAUAAUUAUAUAGAUCGUCGUCGAUUUUUAAUUGUUUCGUGUAAUAUCGAACAGGUAUCGUGACAUUAAAUUUCUAUUUUUAAUAAUAGCAAUUAGUAAAUUUAACAUCAUUAAAAAUAUGAAGUUUUUAAAACUUUAAAGUGUUUUUUGAUUGUGUCAAAUGGUCGAUUUCAUUAUAGAUGUCGAUAGUUAUUGUAAAUUUUUGAAACAAUGAUCGUUAUAAUUAUGUAUUUACCUACCAAUUAGAUUAAGAUUAGUUGCAUGAAUUCAUGUAUAUAAAAACAAUUUUUGUACAUGUAGAUUUUUAAUUUAAUUAUUAUUAUAGUUAUUGACAAAUUAAAUUGUUAAGAUCCUGAAUAUAGGCAUAAAACAUGA